UAAUUGUCUCUCUUGCUUCCUCCCAGUUCAGGAGACUCCUGCUGUCCGGAGUGAUGACGCACCAGUAUCCCGCGCUCUCAGCUGAACAAAAGAAGGAACUGUCUGAUAUCGCGCUACGAAUCGUGGCCCCGGGCAAGGGGAUCCUGGCAGCAGAUGAGUCCGUAGGAAGCAUGGCCAAGCGCCUGAACCAGAUUGGGGUGGAGAACACGGAGGAGAACCGCCGGCUCUACCGCCAGAUCCUGUUCAGUGCUGACAACCGGGUGAAGAAGUGCAUUGGAGGUGUCAUCUUUUUCCACGAGACGAUGUACCAGAAGGGGGAUGACGGCACCCCCUUUGUCAGGAUGAUCAAAGACAAGGGCAUCGUGGUGGGCAUCAAGGUGGACAAGGGUGUUGUGCCUCUGGCUGGGACAGAUGGAGAAACCACAACUCAAGGUCUGGACGGGCUGUCCGAGCGCUGUGCCCAGUACAAGAAGGACGGGGCCGACUUUGCCAAGUGGCGCUGCGUGCUGAAGAUCAGUGAAAACACCCCCUCGGCCCUGGCCAUCCUUGAGAACGCCAAUGUCCUGGCACGCUACGCCAGCAUCUGCCAGCAGAAUGGCAUUGUGCCCAUUGUGGAACCAGAGAUCCUGCCUGAUGGAGACCAUGACCUGAAGCGCUGCCAGUAUGUGACUGAGAAGGUGCUGGCAGCUGUGUAUAAGGCCCUGAGUGACCAUCACAUCUACCUGGAGGGCACGCUACUGAAACCCAACAUGGUGACCCCAGGGCAUGCCUGCCCGACCAAAUACAGCGCUGAGGAGAUUGCCAUGGCUACGGUGACAGCGCUGCGCCGCACUGUGCCUCCUGCAGUCCCAGGCAUCACCUUUCUUUCUGGGGGGCAGAGUGAGGAGGAAGCUUCCGUUAACCUGAACGCCAUCAACAACUGCCCCCUGGCCCGGCCCUGGGCGCUGACCUUCUCCUAUGGACGUGCCCUGCAAGCGUCGGCGCUCAGCGCCUGGCGUGGCCAGCAGGAGAAUGAGAGCGCUGCCACGGAGGAGUUUGUGAAGCGGGCCGAGGUGAACAGUCUGGCUGCUCUUGGCAAGUACGAGGGCAGUGGAGAUGACUCGGGUGCUGCUGGGCGGUCCCUCUAUGUUGCUAACCAUGCCUACUGAGACUCGGGCGGGCUUUCUAGCCACACUGACCAACCAAUCUCCCACUCCGCUACGUUCCGUAUCAGCCACCAGUUACCCCCAGCUUUCUACUGUAGCUACCACCAGGAGCCAAGUAGCCACCUCCGGUGUGGGGGAGAGAAAGGGAAGAGCGAGCCCCACCUGGACGUACAGCCCCAGUCUUGUGUUUUCUUUUAACUGCUACUGAUUUUUGUGCCUGUGAAAGAGGAGGGGGAGGUCCCUGAUAGAGGUCUUCCGGUAGGGACUGGCCAGACAGUGCAGGCUGUAGCCUGUCUCACUCUCCCUGUAGCUUUCCAGUUCUCCUUUCCCACGAUUGUUGAGGUGGGAGGGAAGCUAGGCUGGCAGGGUGUGGGGAGGGGAGAACUCCUCAGUUUCCAUGCCCAGCUCUCUGGCAGAAGGCCCUGUUCACAAGGGGUGUUUGUGGGCAGGAAGUGUACUGUCUUGGUGCUCCGGUGCCCGUUCUCCACCUGCCCUGUGUGGCCUCCGCGCUCUGGCCGUGUGGGACCCCACACUGCAUUCGACUGCACUUUGGUGUGAAGCUGUAGCUUUGCCAUUCUGAAUGUGUGCUCUCCACCCCGUAGUACAGGGCUGCUGCUGCCAUCGCUCUGUGGCUGGCAGAGUUGGGUGUGAGCAGCUGCUAGUAGGGGAGCCAGGUCCUGACAUGUGUUGUGUUCCCCAUAUGCACCUGAUGUACCAAAUAGUGUAACAAAUAAAGUCUAGAGACAGUGACAAGUGACUGCUGCUUUCCUGUGGAAGGUAGGAAUGGGGACUCUCUCCAGGGAGGUGGUGGCCUACUUAACAUGGGUAUUCUGAGUUGGGUGAGGGAGACAAAGUAGCUGCUUCCAGCUACACCCUCUGGAGCAACACACCCACAUGGAUACUGCUUCCAAAUCCAGCUCUUCCUCUCAGUAGUCCAGGUCUCUGCUGGCCAUUAUCACCUCCUCUCCUCUGUUUCAGCUGGACACUGGUGCUGAACUCAGCAGCUGCCAAGUUCCACCUCUGAUGGCUAUACUUCAGUGGCAGGUGGAGCUACUGAGGGCUAAAGCUGAAA